AUGGCAUCGCAGGGUUUCUGGUCUCUUGGCGCAGAGGAUGCCGGUGCCAAUCCCGGCAGCCAGAGCCCAAGCGCAACCAGGGCUUGGUGCCAAGCGGCGGCCCAGAAAUUAUCCGGAGGAAUUGGAUCGAAAUUAUGUGCGCUGCUAAAUGUCAAGGAGGUGGAGAAAGCUGCGGAUCCGGCCGCCAAGCAGCCGCCGGAGGCGGGCUCCUGCGGCUCCUGCGGCUGCAACAAAUCCUGCAACUGCACCAAAGCCCCCCUGGUCUUCUCCGACCUCUAUUCAACAGACCUGCUUCCCGCGCUGGACAGCGACGCCAAAACCAUGACCUUCCUGCAGGAGGUCGUGGACAUCCUGCUGGCCUACAUCGUGGAGUCCUUCGACCGCGACACCAAAGUGAUUGAUUUCCAUUACCCCAACGAGCUGAUGCAGAUGAACAACUGGGAGCUGCAGGGCGAGCCGGCCUCGCUGGACGACAUCCUGGUCAGCUGCCGCGCGACGCUCAAAUACGCCAUCAAGACAGCCCACCCCAGGUACUUCAAUCAGCUCUCCACGGGAUUAGACAUGGUGGGGCUGGCAGCCGAUUGGCUGACGUCCACCGCCAACACCAACAUGUUCACCUACGAGGUGGCUCCCGUCUUCGUGCUGCUGGAGUACGUCACCCUGAAGAAGAUGAGGGAGAUCAUCGGCUGGCCGGACGGGCGAGGAGACGGCAUUUUCUCUCCUGGUGGUUCUAUUUCCAACAUGUACGCCAUGCUGCUGGCCCGCUUCAAGAUGUUCCCCGAAGUGAAGGAGAAAGGAAUGUCAUCCGUUCCCCGACUGGUGGCCUUCACGUCCGAACACAGCCAUUACUCCAUCAAAAAGGGAGCGGCCGCUCUGGGCAUCGGGACGGAGAGCGUGAUCUGCAUCAAAGUGGAUGAGAGCGGUAAAAUGAUCCCAGCUGACCUUGAGCAGAGAAUACUGGAGGCGAAACAAAAGGGCUUCGUUCCCUUCUUCAUCAGCGCCACGGCGGGAACCACCGUGUACGGAGCCUUCGACCCGCUCAUCGCCAUCUCCGACGUCUGCAAAAAGUACGACGUCUGGAUGCACGUGGACGGUGCGUGGGGAGGAAGUCUCCUCAUGUCCCGGAGACACCGGUGGAAGCUGGAUGGAGUUGACAGGGCCAAUUCAGUCACAUGGAACCCGCACAAGAUGAUGUCCGUCCCUCUGCAGUGUUCAGCCCUGCUGGUCCGAGAGGAGGGUCUGAUGCAGAACUGCAACCAGAUGCACGCCUGCUACCUGUUCCAGCAGGACAAGCACUACGACCUGUCCUACGACACCGGGGACAAGGCCAUGCAGUGCGGACGCCACGUGGAUAUCUUCAAGCUGUGGCUCAUGUGGAGGGCCAAGGGCACCAUCGGGUUCGAGGCUCAGAUCGACAAGUGCCUGGAGCUGUCGGAGUACCUCUACAACAAGAUCAAAGACAGAGAAGGAUACGAGAUGGUCUUCAAUGCGAAACCUCAGCACACCAACGUCUGCUUCUGGUACCUCCCUCCUGCCAUCCGCUACAUGGAGGACAACGAGGAGAGAAAGAAACACUUGCACAAGGUGGCUCCAGUGAUAAAGGCCAGGAUGAUGGAGUACGGCACCACCAUGGUCAGCUACCAACCGCAGGGAGACAAGGUCAACUUUUUCCGCAUGGUGAUCUCAAACCCGGCGGCGACCUUCGAGGACAUCGACUUUCUUAUCGAGGAGAUCGAGCGACUCGGCCACGAUCUAUAAGACUCAUCUCACCGACUCCUCCUGUACUUUCCCCCUCUGGACGGAUGAAUUGUUUGUCGUGAAUGUACUGGUAAAACCUUUCUUUUCUCUCUCUUUCCUCCAAAAAGUCACAUAUUUAAGAGUAUAUUUUUAAAAAACUAUAUAAAAAAAAAAAAGAUCUAAUGAUAUUUAUCCAUAUAUUAUGUAUUGUAGCUUUCGCCGUGGACCAACUUGGUCCAAAGCUAUGUAAAAGUGCUUCAGUCUGCCCAGUAAGUGAUGUAACUUGUACCUUUUGUGAUAUGAAACGCUAGUGCAAUAGGGAAGAGUUUUUUAUUUUUGUCGGGACCAUUUCUAAUUUGCAGAGUAUGUUGUUAAGUGCCAAACGUGGUUGUGUUCUAUUGUAACUUUACAUUUUAAACUUCUGGUUUAAAAAAGAAAGAAAGAACAAAAAAACGAAGAAAAAGCACUUCACCUUACCUCAGCUUAAUCAACUGCCUUUACAUCCGCACAAAGUACUUCACGUUAGCUCAACUGAAGCACGCCGUCAGUACGAAAUAUGUACAAAAGAAGGCUUUUCCAUCUCCAUUUAUGAAGACGUGUCUCUCCAUCAGACUCUGACAGUUGGAUCUGUAGCUAAUGCUAAUGCAUUAUUGCAGCUACACUUUAUACUCACUCUCUCUCUCUCUCUCGAGUGUAUUUAAGGUUGUAAAGGCUCAUUUUGUUUGAUGUCAAAUCAAAAUGGGUGACGUUUCCAACCGGGCUGUAUAUUUAGCUUUGCUAGGUGUGCUUCACAUGAUGUGAUGAUCCAAAGUGAGAAUAAUCAGCAUUGAAGAGGUAACGUAAAGUUAGAAUCCUUAAUAUUAACCCUAACUGUGGCCAAUAUUUGUGUAGCCAGUUUUAAAUUGCCUCUAUUUAUAGUAGCUUCAAUUGUUGAUGGUCCACCUUUACCGCAGAUCGUGCUCCUACGCAAGUGCUCCAACAUAUGUUAACUUUGUUUGAAAGGUUUACAACGACUUGGUUAGGUUAAGACAACAACACUAUUUGAUUAUCACUAAGGAAAAGAAUUAGUUUGGGUUAAAAUAAGAAGGUUUUUCAGGUAACUUGCGUUAUUUGAUUGCCGAAGUUACUGAACUAAACUACGGUAAAUUAAGUCAACGUUAACUUGGUUUCACACGAGACACGAACAUCGGUCUCGUGGGUGAAAGUCCCGUGUUUGACAAAACAAAUUCUCUCCCGCGGCCAUCACGGGGCCUGCAGUACCGACUGUGGCCACUACUUCAAAGAAAUGUCCUCACAGCGCACUUUCUGCCAUCAAAGUGAAAUGUUAAGAAUUCUAACUUUAACGAAAGCUCUCAUCUGCAGUACCGUGAAUAAGUUCGGUUAUAUAUAUUCCAGUGUCAGCACUUAAUGAAAGAUCUUUAAGGAAACUGGCAAUGGGACAAUAAUGGGGUUUUGAGUUGAGGAACGUCACCAGACCUGACAUCUAUUGCACUAAAUCAGGAGGAGGAGCAUCACCUAAGCAUUGCAACUGAGAUUUCUUCUUUAUUCAUUCACAAGCAAUAUUCAAGUAUCGGUCCAAUCUAUAUACCCUGCAACAAAAAAACAUAAUCAAAUUCAAGCGUACAAUACUUAACGAUAAUCAAGUUUUCUCCUAGCUAAACUAAAAACAUGCUUCCUGUCGACUGGUUAGUUGAUGGAAAGUGAACCCUGGUUUAAAAAAAAGCAGAGUUUCUGUUUUUCAUUUUCAUUAGAACAAGUUAGAAAAGCACAAUUUGCUCAACACGGUUCGCUCAGUGUACAAUCACUUUUGAUCAUAGAUUGUAAAUAGUAUUUCAAGAUGUCCUAAGUACAUAUCUUUGUGUAUACAUAAGUGUAUAUAAGACCUAUAACCAGAGACUAUUUGUGAGGUAAAGUUAUCCAUAUUUUCUCAAUCUCCGAUAUAGAUUACUGUUUCCUGUGUGUGGGCGUGUGUGUUUGCGUGUGUGUGUGUAACUCUUCUAGCUAUUUCAAAGAAAACGUGUUUCAGGGACUGGCUUUAAAGAAACCGACAGAUUUCACCUCGAAACUCUUGAGAGUCUUUCGCGAAGAGACUCCGGUGUUUGGAUUUUGAGUGAAUAUGCAAAGCCGUUUUUGACUCUGACGCCCUGUGUUUUUGUGAAUACUUGACAGUGCGUGCCGAUGUGUACCUUUGUGUGUUUGUAACUGUGUUGCCUUAGUAUAAAUUUGCCGGUAUUGUCUAGUUUUCCUCCAAAGGGGAGGUUGUGCACUUUAGAGUAUACACAUGACCUAAUAAUGUGCAAUGUCCAAUCGUUGUUCAUAAAUUGAUGUUUAGCACACAAAAAUACUCAAAAAUGUAACUUAGUCUGAAUGUGACAUGAAUCAAGGGGUCUGUUGGAAAUUAUUUGUAAUGUUUGUUUUUUUGCAUUUUACAGAAAUGAUGAACUUUUACAUCCCAACAGAGAUUAGCCGCUUUGGAUUUUAUGAAUCCUAAUUUUCAGAUCCCAAAUUGGCGUAAAACACUGUGACACGGACAACGUCAGACUUAUUACAGCGACACUGGCGGUCUCGGACAGCGGGACAUUUUCUUCUUCUUCUUCCUCCUCCUCUUCUUCUUCUUCUCUCGCUGCUGCUGCUGCUAGACUCGCUUCCUUUGCACGUGCAUGCGACGCCUUGCCUAUCCAGCUUGUUUCGAUAUCUCCUCUAUAUAUCUCUUUCUAUAUAUAUAUAUAUUUACAUAUAUAUCGUACGUGUAGCUCCUGUAAUUAGCUUUAGUGUCCGUCCUAUAUAGCUUUAGCCUGUAGAUUAGUGCACCGUCGCUCUGGCCUUUACGUGUGAUUCUCUGUGUCUUUGGGCUUCCUGUGAAGUUUCUCCGUGCCGCAUGCUAACCCUCGCCAAGCAUUGUAGUCUUCUCCGCGCUUGACUAUCUCUAUCCUCCGUCUUUCUUCUUCUGCUUGAAGACUGUGUCGCAGUAUUAUAUCAAUCUGUCUAUCUAUCUGUCUAUCUAUCGAUCUAUCUAUAUAUGUAUCUAUGUAUCUAUCUAUAUGUAUGUAGUCCCUAAGCAUGUCUCUGAACGCUUUUCUCUGCUCUGCACCUGUACGACCUUUUCGACCUUUUCUCUCUUUCUCUUUCUGCUUACUCCCCCUUUACCUCUAGCAGUGACAUUGUAAACCUUGCGCUGACCUCCCAAACCUUUCUCGGCUGCCCGCUGUCGUUCCCUUUUUGUUGCGUGUCUGAGACGAGGUUGUUGACCCGUGUCUGAGACGAGUGUGUUGACCCGUGUCACGGUGGCAUAACGUCCCCGUUUAUUUUAGUUUUUUGGGGGGGUUUUGUUUCACCGGAAGGCCCUUGACUCUAUGGGAUGUAUGAGAAACAGAAUCUAUAAGAUGUAGACUUGAUUGUCCAAAAACGUGUCCAAUGCAAGAGCUGUUAGCCUUUAACACAAAAACUAAAUAUAUAUAUAUAUAAAUAUAUACCCUGGUUUCUUGCUUAGGAAUAUAUUUAAAAUCCCUGGUGCUCCGAGUGCAGUUCACUUUCACAAAUUAUUCUGCAAACUGCUGCGUAGCUUCUCUCAAACAUUCAUUUGUCCUGAACUAUGUUACUAUUGGCGAAAUAGAAAUAAAUAUUGUCAAAACAUAGGUUA